CUGCCAUAGCCUUUGCGCUCGCUCACUUCUUGUCUCGGCCACCCCUGCCUUGCAGCGGGACCGCUGAUCUACUUUUUGUGGGCGCUUAUCGUUUUGCUCCUGUCUGCUAGCGCUCUUCCCAACGAGUCUCUGAGGGGACGAGGCCCGCGACACAGAGCCUGUCGUUGAAGCGUGUGAUUGGUUUCAAGGUGGUGGCAUCGAGGAUGUGCUGGUUGUCACGCCUCAACUUCUAGCGUUUGUGAGCCGCACCGUAGAUGUCUUGCCUCAGUGUGGGCCGUGUUUGCACUUGUUGUUAAGCAGGAUAGGCUCAGGGUUGACCUAAGGUUUGAGUUCAUCCUGGUUGUCGCUUAUUGUGGUGGAAGGUUGAUUUCUCAAUCGCAGCCUGUUUUCACGGGGAGGACUGUGUACGUUGCACCUAGUGCCUGGGACGAUGAAGGAGGAUUGAAGACGCGCAUGUGGCACCUUCUCAGCUUUUGUCUCUCACUAUCUGUGAUCCAGUGAAUAGUGGCAUUGCUUCCUAGCGCUAAGAAUGGCACAUCUUUGAAGUCGUUGGAUAUCAGCACCUCAGAUACGAAUCUCGGUUUAACGGUAAAGUACGUACAUUCAAGCUAAUGUGGAACCCGAGCGGUGCUCUCGAGCGAAUGUAGACUGUCUUCCUGGGUGGACUGUCGGUUUUCACGACAUUGUUGCAGAUGAGAUUCAGAUGCGAUGCAGAUAUCAGCUGCAGAGGCUGAGAUUUCUCGUUUGAGCACAUCCAGGGCGCCAGACAAAGUAUGCGAAUGCGGAAGCACCAUCUCUUAACAUCUGUGCUUCAAUUUGAAAGGUUUUCCUAGUUUGCAGGACUGGAAUUGUUUUGCAGACCUCAAUGGCCGGCAUUCGCGGCCUAGUGAAAGAAAAUACUUCUCGUCAACAGAUGCUGUCCACCAGUCACCUCCAAUCAAGAUCGAUCUCUUCAUCUCGCAUGCGAGAGACGUUCUCUGGCCACCAAGUCUGAGGUGGAUCCCAGUGAGAUUUUGAAGCACUCAACGGAUUGCACCCUUUAGUGAAUAUUCAAGUGCUGCGAGCAGAUUGUCAUAAUGCACGACGCACUCCCCUCUUGCUUUGGGGAGUAUGGAGUACAAGUGGUGGAUACUUCUGCAGGGAGCAAUAAAGUGACGCAAAACCUCGUCACAUGCCUAUACCAAACGAAGCUAGCUGGUAAAUGCCGGCCACUUUCGAUUACUUGGUGCAAGAAUUUAAUAGGUCAAGGCCUCAGUGUAAAUGUGGAUGUGGACCAGCACAUGUGUAAGGUCGACAUGAAGCCUUGGAUGUUCUGGAAGAAGCAGGGUCUGAAAAGUUUCGAAGUGGAUGGUAUCAAAGUAGAAGUGUUUUGGGAUCUCUCCUCAGCCAAGUACAUUUGUGGUCCAGUCCCCAGUGAUAGUUUCUUCGUGGCGGUCGUAUCGGACGGAGAAGUAGUGCUGUUGCUUGGCGACAUGUACAGCGAAGCAUAUAAGAAGACCAAGGCUAGACCCGCCUCAAUUGAGGCGAUCCUGGUAUCAAGAAGCGAGCACGUCUUUGGUAAAAAGUAUCACUCCACUAAGGCGCAAUUUGAGGAGGGCGGAAAGGCACAUGACAUUGUAAUCGAGUGUCAGAUCAGCCCCUCUAGUGAGCCUCGUAUGUAUAUCAGAGUGGACCGUGAGAUUGUUGUGCAAGUGAAGCGGUUGGCAUGGAAGUUUCGAGGAAAUCAAACCAUCAUCGUGGAUGGCAACCCUGUGGAGGUUUUCUGGGACGUGCACAACUGGUUAUUUAAUCCACGAGUUGGCCACGCUGUGUUCAUGUUCCAGACUUGCUUGUCAUCAGACAAACCAUGGCUAAAGGAGGUCGCAGCUUGUUCAUCGGUACUUCAAUGGCCGGGUACGUACAGCUUCAAAGAUAAGGAGACAUCGGGUCCAAGUGGGUUCUCAUUGGUUUUGUAUGCUUGGAAGAACGACUAGGGGGUUUAUAUAUUUGAUUAUUUAUUUGUGAGCGUAUUCUUUGGCUUCUUGAGUGCGACCUAAUAGAACUAGUCUGCUUGCAUUGUGAGGACCUUUAAGACUUGAGGCAUUUUUUCUAUCAUGAGGUUGGAGCCUAAUUCCUAAUAUCCGCACGAACAUGUGGAGGUUGCGUGCCAGAAAUACAGAAGAGGAUCCUUUUCCUCACGCUGAAAAUGAUAACUGCAUUGUGCUGAUGAACCUAGUUGGUAGGUCACUAUUGUUCUGGCAAAGAACACUACUUCCUGUGCCCAAUCAUGUCGUGUUUUUAGAAGGUGUGUGGCUCUGCGCAUGCGGCGCAAACAGAUAGAUCAUGCCUGGAAAACAGGGAUUAGUCAGAGCUCAAUAUGUUCACUACAUGUUUCCCUCUGACGGUUUUCUCCACAUGUAUACUCCAGUUAGAGCUAUUGAAUAUCAAUAGGCGAUUAUAUAACGAGUUACAAUGCUCUGUUCAACAGAUUCGCCUGCUUGUGGUAUUGUUAACCCA